AGGACAACGCGUGCAACUCACUCUACGAGGCGAAAUCAUGUGCGAUUGCCAGGUUUCCAGUAGUGUUGUCAAUUUAUGCAACGCUUUGCGGAAUUCUUAUAUUAGCUGUUGAACGAACAAUCGCAACCCUCAAAUACAAAACCUACGAGGUUCAUGGCUCAAGAAUUGUGGCCAUUAUACUUAUUGGAGCGCAGGUAUUCUCACUAUGUUUGAUGUCAACUUUGGAAGCGCUAGCUCUGGUCUAUUUUGUUCUUCUUUUACAUUCCAAUCAACGCCGACAGGUGAACGAAUUCGUCAACAAUGCCAUGCACACGCUGACAGAACGAUAUCAAUUACAGGAAAAUGUUCGGAUAAUGAGGAUUUUGAUCCCAUCCGUCACCGUGCAUGCAGUGCUCGGAAUGAUUGGCUUGGUGUCAUUGCUUGUUUUUGCCAUUGUGUACAGAGCUGCCGAAGAGCGUAUGGUCGUCCGGUUCGCACCGUUCUCCGAAUUAGUCUUACUUGUUGUACCGGUCUACGCUGUUGUUUUUCCAUUUGUGGCCAUUGUAAGGAAUAAACAAUUAUGGCAAGCAUCAAGGUAA